AAAAACGGGCAGGCCGCCGAAGGACACCGGACAUCCCACCCUCGAGGCGGGCGCGGAGGGAAAGGAGGACCAACAAAUAUUUUCCUUAAAAAAAGGAACUAGAAAACAUAUUUUCCGCGAGGCGAGUCAAAAGAAAGAAAGAAAGCAAGAGGCUGGCAACGCGGGCGAAUCCUCAAUCCGGUUUCCACUCCACGCCGCGGCGUUUUCCAUCUUCCAUCCUCUUUCCUUGAAGGAGACGAAACAAACGCUUAUUAGGGAUCGUGCGACAAAGGUCAGGCAAGGGCGAAGGGGCCGGAAGCAAACUGAGUGGGGAAUAUAAACAAACAGAUAGAGGGAAGAGAAGCCAUGUCUCCAUGUCUUGCUGCCCAAGAAGCCAUCGAGCCCCCCACCAACAUCUGAUGGGAGUUUGCAAUUUGGAUUCAUAACAGUUUGUAGAGAAAAAAUCUUCCUCGCAUCCCUUCGAUGUCUGCUGCUGCUGCUAUUGCUUUCAAGAGAGGAGGAUCGCUUCUCCAUCUCAACCGAAGCCCUCGAUGGGCUCCAUUCGCUGCGAGGAACGGUAACACCCUUUCUCGCCCUAUGUCCGAGCUAGCCAAGUCCAACGGAAAGCGAGCGUUUCUCGUCGACACGUUAGCGCUGGUGAGGCGGCUGGAAGCGGAGGGCGUGCCCUCGAAGCAUGCGGAGGCCAUCACCUCGGCGAUCACUGAAGUGUUGAAUGAUAGCUUGGAGAAUGUGGCACAAUCCUUCGUCUCCAAGGGAGAGAUGCAGAAGAGUGGGAUGAUCCAGGAUGCCAAUCUUUCCAAAUUCAAAUCUGAAGUGAAAAGCUCCCAGGAGCACCAUUUUUCUUUGUUGCAACGUGAGACGGAAAAACUUCGAGGUGAUAUUGAGAAAAUGCGCAGCGAACUUAGGUAUGAGAUUGACAAAGUUACUGCUGGACAACGUUUGGAUCUAAACCUUGAACGAGGGCGUAUUCGUGAUGAGCUAGCCAAGCAGAGUGCAGAAACUACGGAUCUCACUACGAAGCUUGACCGGGAAAUUCAUGCAUUACGGGCUCAGUUAGAGGCAGCAAAAUAUGAUGUUAUAAAGUACUGCAUCGGUACUCUUGUUUCAAUAUCUGCGGUUGGCCUUGCUGUUGUCCGCAUCCUGAUGUAAAAACAACUUUUUUUCAUUGCCAAAUUGAAUUUUGCACCACCAAAAUGCUCAUUAUGUUCAAUUUUUUACUGAUAUUGUUCUCCAUGAUGUAUCAUUUGGUGGACUGAUCUUAUUUUUUCUUGGAAAUUGUAGCUUGAGGUUUCAUUAUACUGAAUUCAGUUUAUGUUA